AUGCCAACUAAAAAGCGCAAAGCCCAUGAGAAUAAUUUAACAGAACCAUUACAAAACGGUGGUGACUCUCAUCAUUAUUAUCCCAAUCAACAAACAAACGGUUAUAUUAGUAAAACAAAAAAUCAUUCUCCAAAAUCUACAGAUACACCACUAUCUGCAAUCUCAUUGACAUCUGAAGAAGCUCAUAACGUUUCUUCUUAUCCAAAUUUGGACAAGAAAAAUCAAACAGGAACAUUUCGACGUCAAUCUUCUAAACAACAACAACAUUCAUCAAAAAAAUCAUCCUCAAAUAAUUCUAACAAUCAACAACCAUCAUAUCACAAACAUUCGCCUUCUUUGACUUCAUCCAAAAGUGAAAAAUCUAAAUAUUCAAAAGGUGAUAAAAAAUCAACAUCUUCUACAACAUUAUUAUCAUCAAAAGAAAUAUUAUUAACAAAGAGAAAAUCACAACAAGAAAUGUUACGUCUUGAGUUAUCAAAACUUGUUUUAUGGCGUCAACCAAUGUUAACUAUGCAAUAUUGUAUUUAUGAACUAUUUUAUUUGAUACGUUAUUAUUUAACAAAAUUAAUAUCAUUUAAAAAAACAUUAAUAUUUUUAACAAUUUUGUUUAUUAUUUUAAUUUCAACUUAUUAUACAGAAGGUCGACAUCAAAAAACAAUUAGUCAGAUUGAAACAAUACUAUUAUGGUCAUUAUAUUGGUUAGGAUUAGGUAUUAUGUCAUCCGUUGGUCUUGGUACAGGUUUACAUACAUUUUUACUUUAUUUGGGUCCAUUUAUUGCGCAAGUAACAAUAGCUGCUUAUGAAUGUGGAUCAAUUAAAUUUCCAAGACCACCAUAUCCAAAUGAAAUUGUUUGUCCAACAACAACCCUAACACCACCAAUAGCAUCAUCUGAAAAUUCAACUAUGUUUUCCUCAAUGAUAAGUGACACAUCAUCAGAUUUAGCAUCAUUAUUACUUGAUACAUCAUCUACAUUAAUGAAUGGACCAAUAUCUUUUUGGAAAAUAUUGUGGAAAGUAAAAUUGGAAGCGUUUCUAUGGGGUUUAGGUACUGCCCUUGGUGAACUACCACCAUAUUUUGUUGCACGUACUGCUCGUGCACGUAAUUUAGACACAGAUGAUAACCCUGAACUAUUAGAAUUUGAACAAUUAUUAUUAAAUGCUGAAUUAAAUAAUUCACGCAAUUUAUCUCUAUUUGAACGUAUGCGUUAUAUUGUAUUUCGUCUUAUUAAACGUAUCGGUUUUUUGGGUAUAUUAUUAUGUGCAAGUAUACCAAAUCCAUUAUUUGAUUUAGCUGGAAUAACGUGCGGUUAUUUUUUAAUACCAUUUUGGACAUUUUUUACGGCCACUGUACUUGGUAAAGCUUUAAUUAAAAUGUCAAUACAAACAAUAUUUAUUAUAUUUUUGUUUUCUGAACAUCAUAUGGAACGUAUCAUAAAAAUUAUGAAACAAAUUCCUUAUUAUGGACGUUCAUUACAAGCACCAUUCAAAGAAUGGUUAAUUGUGCAAAAGAAAAAAAUGCAUCGUAAACCGGGAGAACCUAUUAAUAUUUCUAAAGCAUCGGUAUUAUCACGUAUAUUUAAUAUAAUUGUUAUUGUUAUGAUAUGCUUUUUUAUUGUAUCUAUUAUUAAUUCAUUAGCACAAAAAUAUUAUAAACGAACAAGAUCUUAUUUGAAAAUUAUGUAA